GGUAUGCUGUGUGUGUUUUCAGUUUUAUGAGUGAAAGUUCUAAUGUGGAUCCUGUACAGUAGCAGCAAAGGAUAAGUACAUAUAUUUUCUUACCGAAACUUAAUAUAAGAAGAUAACUUAUAUUCCCUAAAUCUAAAUCCCCAACUUGAUCCCCUAGCUUUUACUCAACCUAUUUCUGUUAAUUUUACUUCACUUAUUCAGAUUUACAUCAGGUUAAAAGUGUUCUUCAUGCAGUUAAGAACAAACACACUUAUGGAAUUGAUUGGUUGUCUAUUACGAUGCUUAAAAAAUCUGUGAGAUGAAGUUCUCUUGCAUUUGCAAUUAAUAUUUCCUGUGAAACAAUUAGAUUUCUGAGUAACUUCUAAAGUAUCUAUUGUAAAACAUUUAUUUAAAGGUGAUAAAUUAAAUGAUCCUGCUACUUAUCGACCCAUCUCAAUUUUACCAUGUCUAUCUAAGAAGAUUUAGGGGAUUAUCUUUAUCACUUUGGGUAUUUGUCUAUGUCUUUUAUACACUACAUGUUGUGCUGUUCUUUUUUCUUACUUUAAGUACCCUUGUACAUAAUGUUAGUGAUGCACUACAGCAUUUUAACUAAAUAUAAGUUUUCCUUUCGGCAUGAAGCAUGAAUGGUGAAAUAUUUGUUUUUCUGGAAGACCUUUAUUUAAACUUGAAUUGCUGCGGUCUUCUGUGAUUUCUCCAAGGCAUUUGAUAGCUUAAAUCAUAGAAUAUAACUAAGUAAUAAGCUCCUUUGCUACAGUUUCAGAGUUGUUGCUCUGGAAUGGUUCGACUCACUCUUGUCUGGCAGAAUCAGAUUUAUCUCCUGUAAGCCCAAUAGAUCAAGGAGUUCCCCAGGGUUCCAUGCUUGGCCCUAUUGUAUUUCUUCUCUAUAUUAGUCACCUUGCAUCUCUUAAUAUAAGAGAUCGCUUCAUAAUCUUUACAAAUAACACCACUAUUUUAUCGACUUCUAAGUCAUUAAUGGAAAUGGUAGCGAAGGAUUUAAGUGGGGUUAAAAAGUCCCUGUCUCUCUAAACAUUAAUAAAGUUUGUAUUAAAAUUAUUUUUUCAACUAAUUAAUGUUUCUUAAACCACAAUAAAUUAACAAUGUUGAAGGUUAUCCAAUAAAAAUUUGCAUACACCGGUCAUGAAAGUUGGCAACACUGUAACUUUCCCUGUCAAUUGUCACUUUUAAGUUAAGCGUGUCAUGCGCAGCGUCCCUUUUGAAAAGACUUCCGGUAAACUGCUUCGCGGCAUUAUUUAGACACACUUUUCUUCACAAAGAGAAUUAAAACAGCGAAUAAGAAGAUGACGUCCACGCCUAAAAACGACCUUUUCACUAUUGAAGUUAUUAGGUUCGUAUGUCCUCAUAUUAUUUUCAUGAGUACUGAUAAUGAGGCGACUCUAGAAUGGCACCGGCAGUAUAUCUCCAAAAAGAUUGCUGAGUCAAAGCUAGUGCCAAUUCCUGGACGUUGUGCGCCCAACCAGGUUGUGGCUCUGGCUUUUAAUGGUGGUUUUGUUAGAGCAAGAAUUCUUGAAGAAAUCGUUCUAGCUAAUGGAUUAAUCCUUUCGGUUUGUUGGAUAAUGGAUGAUCUCAUUUUGUUAAAGAAUAUUGUGAAGAAGUAUGAAAUUGCCGAGGAACUAAUAGUCCUUCCUUGCCGAUACUUACAAGCCAGUUUGAAUAAUAUUUCAUAUGAGAAGCAAAUGCUUUCAAGCAUCGCAGAUAAUGUUACAUACCCUUAUAUACUGCCACCUCGUGGAAGUAUCAUUUGUGGAAGAAAACUGUUAACAAAUGUUGAUAUGCUGCAGUUCCAAAUGGCUGAACUGUAUGAUACUAUUCUUAUUGGAGAAGUAUUAAUUUACAGAGAGGGAAAAGUUUUCUUUUUAACUCAUGAGCUUGUUCGCAGACACCUGCUUUCUUAUGACAAGGAGAGAUUUAUUGACUUAAAACAUGGCUUACGUAACUACUUCAUGCAUCACGUCGAUUCUGUUACCACUGAUGCAUAUUCAAGACUUAUGAAUUAUCACAAUAUACCGUUGUGUCCCAAAAAGAAAGCCCGUAUUAUAGAUGUCACUGGUCAGUUAAAGAAUGAAUAUCUCGAGUUGCAAUUUUCUAAUUCGGGAGUUACUUUAAAUUUGAAUUGCCGCUAUCAGGAUUUGCGGAGUGAGUUUUUGGUAACCCGACAGGAAGAUCAAUGGCAAGGCGCAGAAGACGAAGAGGAUGAAGCUGAGGAGAUUCUACCAGAAGGCGACGACUCAGAAGAAGAAGCAGAGGAUCAAGAGGAGGAAGCGCAAGAGGAAGAGGACGAUGGGGAAGAAGAGGGAGAUGACGAAGAGGAGGAUGAAGAUGAGGACGAGGAUGAAGAGGACCAGGACGAAGAAGAAGAGGACGAAGAUGAAGAGGACGAAGAAGAAGAGAAUCAAGUGGAGGCGAAUGGAAUAGAAACGAUAGAAAUAGACGACGACGACGAAGAGAUGGAGGUAAUAGUAAUUGACGAUGAUUAAGACGCAUGUACCUGAAUAUAUUCUUAAAGUAUUAGUUAAUAUUUAAUUAGUUAAAUUUGUUGUUCGUUAAUUAUGUUAAUUAUUGUUAAAAUCUUUAUACUUAAAUAAAUUCAUUUUUCAGUA